AUGUCUUCAAACCAUACUUACGUAAGUUUAUUGGAGUUCUUUGAUGACAUAUUGGUGUACAACAAUUUUUUUGAUAUUCAUCUUGAGCAUUUGGGAUUGGCAUUGAAGCUGCUAAAACAGAAAACUCUCUUCGCCAAGCUUUCUAAAUGCCUUUUUGGAACCAAUGAGGUGGAUUAUUUAGGUCACACGAUUAUAGGUGGUGGUGUUCUCAUGGAAUCAGCCAAAGUGCAAGCAAUUCAAGAUUGGCCUCAACCUAGUAGUGUUAGACAACUUCGUACCUUUUUAGGCUUCAUGGGAUAUUAUCGCUGCUUCAUUAAAGGUAAUGCAACCUUAGCUGCUCUUCGUAUUGAUUUGUUGAAAAUGGACGCUUUUGUUUGGUACAAUCAAGCUACAUUGGCAUUCCAUCAAUUACAGCAAGUGAUUUUCACUAAACCAGUGCUAGCACUACCUGAUUUUAACCUUCUAUUUGAAGUAUAG